UCGAAACACAACUCUAUAACACAUUACAAAACAAUAAUAUUGUGUUGACAAUUUCUUGAGACAAAAAAGUAAAUAUAUAAGAAAAUAUGAAUAGAAUUUUCCAAAUUUUAUUGCGCCCAAGUGUGACCGGCAACAUGGCGACUGCAGCGCGCGUUAACUCAUUGGUGGCGUGUGUUAACCCACGUUGGUACAGCGCGGACGCAGCUGCUCCGCCGGCAGCAUUGGACAAACCCACAUUGGACAAGCUGGUGCGCACCAACAAAGUGGUCGUAUUCAUGAAGGGCAAUCCUCAAGCUCCACGCUGCGGUUUCAGCAACGCCGUCGUCCAAAUAAUGCGCAUGCAUGGCGUCCAAUACGAUGCACACGAUGUCCUACAGAACGAGGCACUGCGGCAAGGCAUUAAGGAGUACACUGACUGGCCAACAAUUCCGCAAGUGUUCAUCAAUGGUGAAUUCGUGGGCGGCUGUGACAUCAUGAUGCAGAUGCACCAAAGUGGUGACCUCAUCGAGGAGCUCAAAAAGGUGGGAAUCGUUUCGGAGCUGCUCAAGGCGGAGGAGACCAAAGACGAUGCCAACAAAUAAAAGCAAUAGACGAAGAAUGAAUGCGAUAAAUUAAUUGUUAAACGCAA